AUGCUAUCACGUCGUCGUGCCUGUGCAAUUGGAACUUGCUUACGUAUAAGUCUCCUGUUUGGUUCAUGCUUCAUCUGCUUUUAUUUUUGUAUUUUACUUGGAUUGUGGAUUGUGACACUAGUCAGUCAACCGCAAAUAUAUCAUAAGUCCCCAGUUCUUACAAGUCCACCACCCCAGGAUUUCUUGGACUUUGGCAAAUAUCUGUACUACACCAAACGUGCCUGGUUAAAACCAGCCCCCUCCCAAUCGACUUCAAAACAAACCUCUUCCAAGUUGAAGACAACUACAGUUUCAUCAACAUACUAUCCAAUUUUGCGCAAAACAAGCCAUUGCAGAAAUACAUCACCCAAGUACGCCAAGGUACCUACAACACCUUUGGAAUCUAUCAGCAGACUUCUACCAGAAACCGCUGCACUUUUGAACAAGCUAUCCAGGAACAGUGUCAAUCCACUCACCUCGGAUUCCAUCAUACCAGCUGUGUGUAAAUUACCAUACACAGAUUUGUUGUUUGUGAUCUUCUCCGAACUACGGCACAGUCAACAGCGCAACCGAAUACGUCACACUUGGGCUUCUCUGCAGUACUUUAAAUUUGACGGAGAAUCCAGGAUUUCCCGAAUCGACUAUUUCUUUGUUGUUGGUCUUCCCAGCAAUACCGGUUUGAGUCCAAGCCUAGUGAAUCUCCUCAAAUAUGAAUUGGAUAGAGAGCAGGAUAUGCUUCUACUGAAAGUGACCGGUUCAGAACCCAAUCGAAGUAGACUACACCUGUUAACCACUGAGUGGUUAUUGAAGCACUGUGAUAGCAAAGCUGGUCACGUGGUUUUCAUCGAGCAAGAUCUUAUACCGAAUAUUCCUUUGUUGGGGAGCUUUAUAGUCGCACAGAAGAAUAGCGUUGAACUAGGCCCUAAACCUCUUUACUGUUUUAACAUUGUUGGUGCACGACCAAGAAGACCCAAGCCACGAAAACCUCAACAGCCUUUUGAAGUUUCACAAGCCGAAUGGCCUAACCCACAGUUUAUGCCACACUGUAAUCUGGAACAAGGUGGAUUCGCCGUUCCAAUGCAAAGCCUCCGUUUAUGGUAUUCGUGUUCGACCGUCUACAACCCUUUUAAACUUCACCGUGUUUUUCUGACAGGCAUUCUGAGAGAGGCAGCACGACUCCCCAUACGUCCAUAUUGGACGACGCAUGGAAGUACAGUGCCUCUGCUGCCGAGUUCUCGUCAUGUUGCGGGCAAACAUUUGUUUUUCUCUCAAGCUCGAUUACAACCCAAGGGAGUAUGGCAUGGAAUAUUUCAAGGUAUGCUUGCCGAAUCUUUGAAA